UUUCAGCGACGUUUCGUGUUUGUGAAAUACUCUUGAAUUGUUCCGUAGUUUGUGACAGAAACACGACGAAGACGUACACCAUGGGACGAGGGAUCAUUGGAUUUUUGGUUCUCGGGUUCAUGCAAUUGAAUUUUGCUGCGAGAAGUGCCAAUCGACUUCUUCCAAUGGACAGAAGUUUUCAAGAAGGUUUGACGGACGACAUGAGACACGAGUCAUUGAUAAAUUCGCUGUUGCUCAUGGACGACGAUCGUACUAUUUUAUCGACUGUACUGUAUCCACCAUUCUCUCCCGGGAGGGAUGUGUCUUUCAAUCUUUUCACGAGAGAAAACAGCGACGAAUCUUACCUUCUGCAACUCGAUGAUACGGAAAACUUGCGAAUUUCCUCUUUCAAAGCGGACAAACCUACCAAAAUUCUCAUUCACGGAUGGAUCGAUAGCGCGAAUACUUAUUGGCUCGUAGAUAUGAGAAAAAAUUAUCUCGCUGCUAGCGAUUGUAACGUUAUUGUGGUCGAUUGGAAUGCAGGAUCCAGCAAGGCAUAUUUAGCGGCUGCUCAUCUGACACGACAAGUGGGUGAACAGCUCGGCGAUUUUCUCCAGUACCUUAAAGCUGAAGGAAACCUUUCAUAUGCGAACGUGCACAUGCUUGGUCACAGUCUGGGUGCGCAUGUUGCUGGUUACGCGGGUGCAUCGGUUCCGAGUAAAAUCGGACGUAUUACGGGUCUGGAUCCGGCGAGGCCAGCGUUUGAAGUACCGAUACUGAAAGGACGGAAGGAUCGUUUGGAUUCGAGUGACGCUAGUUUCGUUGACGUCAUUCACAGUUGCGCUGGCACCGCCGGUUUCGUUAGACCCAUCGGACAUGCGGAUUUUUAUCCAAACGGUGGAAGUUUCAGGCAACCAGGGUGCUCUGCAGUCUCCUCACAAUACUGCAGUCACGGAAGAUCGCAUCAAUUCAUGGCGGAAUCGAUCGUUGGUACCAAAGACUUCAUCGCUUUCAUGUGUGAAAGUUGGACUGACUUUAUGGCCGGAAAGUGCGAUGGGAACAUGGUGACGACGAUGGGCGAAUACAUUAGUAAUGAGGCGCACGGAAAAUAUUAUUUGGAGACGAAUCCCGAGAAGCCCUUCGCUAAAGGAAUGCCAGGGGUCGAUUUCCAGACGUCGUAGAAAUGCGGUAUUCAUGUCCUAAUGAUGUUUCUUUCUCGAACAUCAUUAUUUCAUUAUUCUGAUUUCGAUAGCCAAGUAAUUUGAGCAAUGACGAUAUACAGCUAACUUUUAGCGCGUUAUUUAGCGGAAAAAUAAAAUGAAGCUUCGAAGUCGUUGAA